AUGAUUGAAGACGAAAAAAAUCAACCCAUUGCCAAAGUUGGAUCUACGUCGUCGGUUUCUUCCAGCGAAGAAGCCAAAAAACACUUUAUUUACGAUGAGGAGUUGAGAAAGUCUCGUUUCAAUAAGAAGCCAAACUUGACCGAUAUCUUGACGAUUUUCUGUGCUGGUUUUGCUUUGAUUAGUGAUGGUUACCAGAAUAACGUUAUGACCAUGUUGAAUCCAACUUUUACUAAAUUGUACCCCAAGACUUACGAUGCCGAUUUGAAAGCUGCCGUUUCCAAUGCAUCCACGGUGGGGACCAUUUUGGGUCAGGUUGCCAUUGGGUUUGCUACGGAUUUGAUCAGUCGUAAGACUGCCAUUGUCAUUGCUACUCUUUUCUUAAUUUUGGGGACUAUCCUAUGUGCGGCUGCCCAUGGUAAAACUGAUUAUGGGAUGUUUUGGAUGUUGAUUAUCGCGAGAGGAGUUACUGGUUUUGGAAUUGGUGCGGAAUACCCCAGUUCUUCAGUCAGUGCCAACGAAGCUGCUAAUGAAUCGCAUAAACGUAGAGGGUUCCCCUUUGUCAUGUGUACAAACUUCCCGUUAUCCUUUGGUGGGCCUUUGGCAUUAUGCAUUUUUUUGAUUGUAUACCAAAUUACAAAAGUUCACGAUGGGUUGUGGAGAGCAAUGUACGCCAUUGGGGCCUUUUUACCAUUAUCGGUUUUCUACUUUAGAAUGAAGUUGAUCAGUUCAAUUUUGUUUAAGAAAUCAAAAAUUAACCGUAACGUUCCUUACUGGUUGGCCUUCAAGUUUUACUGGAAACGUUUAUUUGGUACUUGUGUUUGUUGGUUCUUGUAUGAUUUUGUCACUUUCCCCAAUGGGAUUUUUUCCGCAACCAUUAUUUCAAAUGUUUUGAAAGGUUCUGCUAAAGGUGAUUUGGAGAAGACUGCCGAAUGGACUUUACUCUUGACUACCAUUUGUUUACCCGGGGUUUUCAUCGGGGCCUAUAUUUGUGAUUUCAUUGGUCGUAGAAACACUUUAUGUCUUGGGUUUUCUGGUUAUAUUGUUUUUGGUCUUAUUAUCGGAAUUGCCUUUAAGAAAAUUUCAAAUAUUGUUCCUUUAUUCAUUGUUUUUUAUGGGAUUUUUAUGAGUUUUGGUAAUUUGGGUCCUGGUUGUAUGAUGGGUCUUGUUUCUUCGGAAUCCUUUGCUACUCCAAUGAGGGGUACCGCUUAUGGGAUUUCCGCUGCUAUUGGUAAAGUUGGUGCUGUGGUUGGUACUAAAGUUUUCACUCCAAUUGAAGAUAACUUGGGUCAGGGUUGGACGUUUAUCAUUGCUGCCAUUUGUGGGUUAGUUGGGGUCUUGGUGGGCUGGUUCUUUAUUCCUCAAUUAAAAGAUGAUGAUUUAAUGCAAGAAGAUAUCAAAUUUAAAAAUUACUUAUUGGACCAUGGUUGGACCGGUCAUUUUGGUACUGAUGAAGUUGUCGAUUUAGAAAAGGAAAGAGCCAUUGAUGAUGAUCUCGUUAAUGACUCUGACGUCGAACAAAAGAAGGAACAACUCGACUACCAAAAACAAUUUAUCCAUUAA